AUGGGCGACAAGCCGGUGGACCCUGUCUUCAUGCUGAUCUCCAAGGAAGCCAAGCCGGGGCAGACGUCGAAGCUGAUCAGCAUCAUCAGCGGAACCGCGAUCACCUUCAUGGGCACGGCCUUCACCGCCUUCGCCUACGGCAUCGGACACUUCGCGCUCCGCCCGGAGUUCUAUGAGUAG